CCUGGUAUUUACACCUGGUAUUUGCAGCAUAUUUUGCGGUGACACUGGGAACAAUUACAGAAGACAAUAACAGGUACAACAGUGGACUUUGCCAAAAAGGAGAGUGAGUAUUUUAAUCCACAUUAGGUAAAAAAAAAAUCUGUUUUACAUCUGUUUUUUUUAGUACCUCCACGGACCCCCUGUUGGCUGCAGACCUUAUGUUGAAGACCUCUGCCUUGAAUCCGCAUAACAGAAGACUGCAGCGAUGGCUAUAACUGGACGUGACCUACAAACAGUGAUGCCUGAAGACUAAUGUAAACCUUUCUGUGGUUAGUGCAGUAUCAUAACCAGUUUAAACAUUAGUAACGUAUACUAUUACCUUGUUAAAAAGUAUUACUGCUGAGACACUAGUUAAUAUUCAGUAAGUUACACAGUGUGUUUACUGUGGCCGUGGAUGCAGGCCGCGGUCAGAAAGCUCUUUGCCCCCAUGACACACAAACACGGCAUGUUACAUGGCAAGUUGUUUUGUAACAGUUCCGAAUCCAUCCAAUCAGAACAUCUGGUCUUGGUCACAUGACGCAAUUUUUACAUAACGUUCAUCCCCCCCCCCCCUUCCCCGCUUCUCCAUUGACAGUAUGAGUGGUCCACUUCCUGGAAUGGAGCAUGAUCAUGCCGAGAAGACGGACAGUUGUGUGAAGGGCAGCGGGUAGACUGAACACACAUGUUCCGCCUCACAGACGAUGUUUGCGCUGGUGAUGAAGGGAUAGGACUCACCCCAGCAUCCAGCCCGCCAUGGCCACAGAGAGGGAGAGUAUGCUGCAGCUCGCAGCCGAAGCUUUCCAGUCCAAGAACUUCGACCUGGCGGCGGAUAUUUACGACUGUCAGCUGGCGGCUCAGGGAGACCCCGGGAGCCGACAGGAGCUGAUGGUGAAGCGGGCUGACGCGCUCGCCUUUGGAGGGAAAUUCUCCGAAGCGUUCGCCGUGUACCGGCAAGCCUCCGAGAUAGAGAGACUGACUCCGGCUCAGCUGGAGAACCUGAUAGACUAUCUAUCCCAGAGUAUCCGGAGACAAGACGCCGGCGAGAGCCACAGCGGCAGCCCGGGAAGAGGUGAAGAGGCUGGGGCGGCGGAGGGAGCAGGACGGCCCGCGGCUGCUACAGCUACAGCCCCAGGCAGCGGGCGAGCGUACUUCUCCUGCCCGAUAUGUCAGAGCUUUCUGUUCGAGCCAGUGACUCUGCCCUGUGGACACUGCUACUGUAAGAAGUGUCUGGAAAGAAAGGAGAGGAGAGAGAAGGAGUGUAACGAGUGCAGGGACAGCUCGGGAGUCCAGAGUUACCGGGUCAACGUGGUCCUCAGUAACCUGCUGGCCAAGUGGUUCCCGAACCUGCACCAGGCUGGACAACUCAGGCGGGAGGGCAACGGACUGUACGCCGAGAAGAAGAUGGAGGCUGCACUGGAGAAGUACAACCAAGCAAUAAUGAAGGCACCGUUGGACCACAUUCUCUUCAGCAACCGCUCCCAGAUCCACUCCAGUCUGAAACACUAUGACGAGGCUUUGAGAGACGCUGAGAUGGUCUGCAGACUCAAGCCCCGGUGGUCCAAGGGUCGUAUCCGUAAAGCUCAGGCUCUGGUGUUGCUGGGCAAAUCAGAGAAGGCUCUGAGAGAGUACCUGGUCUGUCUGUCCAUGGAGCCUGACUGUCGACAGGCUAAGAACGAGGCCUACAAGCUCCUCAGUCAACUGCUGGCUCCGGUCACAGAUCAGGUCCCUCAACACAUCUCAAACCGGUCGGGCCUGCUGUCUUCCAGAACCCACUUAAAAAACAGCAUCAGUUCUUCCUUUCAGACUCUCAGCCCCAGUAUAUUUCCAUCAGAGUCGAGGCUCACCUCCACUCCUCCUGUGCACGAGAUGUCAGAGUGCUGCGGAGCUAAAGGCCAACCAAAGGUUGAGAACGCAAGACCUGCUCAUUCGCUUUUCCUAAAACGGAAACAGAGGAGCUCAGAGGAUGAAGAGGAGGUGGAGCAGCAGGGAGGAGAGAGACAAAACCAACACAAGAGACUCCGAUCUGAACCUGUGACUGAAUCACUGAGCCCUGAGGUCAGCCCUAUUUUGGACCCGGCAGAUCUGGAAUGUCCACUUUGUAUGAGGCUGUUUUACGAGCCCGUGACGACACCGUGCGGUCACACCUUCUGUCUUCAGUGUUUGGAGCGCUGUCUGGACCACAACCCCAAGUGUCCCCUCUGUAAAGAGGAACUGUCUGAGUACCUGGUCCAGAGGCAGUACUGUAAAACUGCGUUGAUGGAGAACCUGAUAUUGAAGUAUUUUCCCUUUGAGCUCAUGGAACGACAGAAGGUCCACCAGGAGGAGAUGGCCGAGCUCUCCAAUCUAAACAAGAAUGUGCCUAUAUUCGUCUGCACCAUGGCCUUCCCCACAGUGCCCUGUCCUCUUCAUAUCUUCGAGCCCUGCUACAGACUCAUGAUUCGCCGAUGCAUGGAGACGGGAACCAACUGCUUCGGCAUGUGUCUAGCCGACAACCUGAAGGGGUUCGCAGACUACGGCUGUCUGUUAGAGAUCCGCGACGUCAAGUUCUUCUCCGACGGCCGCUCGGUGGUGGACACCAUCGGCCGACGGAGGUUUAAAGUCAUUCAGCACAGAGAGAGGGACGGCUACAACACAGCUGAUAUAGAAUACCUGGAGGACGUCAAGGUGGAAGGUGUAGCACUGCAGGAGCUGCAGUCUCUGCACGACGCGGUGUACGACCAGGCUUUGGUUUGGGUCAACUCCCUGAAGGCGGAGCAGAAGGAACGCAUUGAAGGACACUUUGGACCGAUGCCUGAGAAAGACUCUGAAAUGCAGGCCUGUCCCAACGGUCCGUCAUGGUGUUGGUGGUUACUUGCCGUUCUUCCGUUGGAGGGUCGAGCGCAGCUGCCGUUCCUCGCUCUGACCUCGCUGAAGGACCGCCUCAAUGGUAUACGUAAGGUGUUGCUCUUCAUGGCCCAGAGCAGACACCGGUGAAGGACUCUUUAGGCAGACCUUGACGAAGCUGCUGUCAAAGUUUACCUCCACCUCAGCAGCAGAACAAACAUGAAGUGCAUUUGAAUGAACAGAACUCCUGUCUACGUCUCGACAGACGGCAACAGACGCCGGUCAAGGUAUUGAAAACUUCCAUUUGUCACGAUAAGUGUCUUCAUCCGUCCGCGUCCAGCGUUGCCCCUCGGGCUCGCUUUCCUCGUUUCCUCGUUUCUGCUGCAAAAGUGAGUGUGAAGUAACACACCUUAAAUGAACUAGGAGUGAAAUAUAACCUGGCUUUUUUUUUUUCAUUUUUUAUUGGAACGUUUUUUUUUUGUUUUUUGUUUUUUUGCCAAGCUGUCUCAUCGCAGCUUUAAAUAAAGGUGAGAAACAUUUUCAGUUCAGCGCUUGGAGCAGCAGCAGUCAUUAAUUUACCCCCGCCCUCUUCCCUCCCCUUCUGCCCUUCAGGAAUGUAUAAAUUAUACAAGAAACCAACCGAUGAAUUUAGCUUUUUUUUGUUUUGUUUUUCAGUGCUCAAAACAGCUGAGUCAGCAAAGUAAUACUUAAUAAUUAAUAUUCAUUAAACCUCAGUGACUGAAUACAACCUUGAUGAAUUGGCCGAAGAUGAACUUAUUUACAUUUUCUACAAUUAAUUUAUUUAAUUUAAUUUUUUUUAUGUUUUGCUUCCAUUUCUGUGUCUGUAUCACCCAGCUGGGUCACAGUGGACCGAAACCUCCACAUCGAUGUGCUCCAUGGCUUCUGUUAUAGUUUCCUUUUUUUUUUUUAAUUUGUUGAUUUUUUCUUUUUUCAUUUAUCGUUAUUUAUAUUUUUCAUUAUUUAUGCAUGCAGUGACAUUGUUUACAUUUCACAGAAAGAGAGAGAGAGAGAGAGAGCGAUGACAGUUUCUGAACAAAAAGCUUUAAAAAAAAAAUAGAAUGAUGUUGACCCUAAACAUUAAACUGCACUGGUUAGCAUGAACUGAGUGUAUUCACCCCCCCCACCCCCCACAGGCCACCCAGGUUUAUCAUAAUCCCAGUAUUGUUUCCAACAUUUGGCUCCCCCUGCUGUGAGUAGCUGUUAUUUCGCUGUGAAAUCUGUGAAGAUUAUGUUCCCUUGAUUGUAAUCUUCUCAGAUUAUCUGACUAAGUUUUGCACUUAAACCACAGGAGGCCGAUGCUGCUAACUAGCCUCAGUGUAUUUACUUCCAUCACGACAGACGUUGGAUUAUUUCUUCAUGUGGAUUAGCACUGAAUUAACAUGUUGGUAAAUCUGAUCCCCGAGAACGGAGGUCCUCAACAACCGGGCUGAUUUGGUUUUAUUGUGGAAGACAUUUAAUUCUCUAUAAAUAAAAUCAUCCUUUUGACACCUGUCAAAAUAAAAGUUUUUAGAGCUACUUUUAAAACAGGUCUUCCAGAAUAAAAUUGUUAAAUUUAAACAUACAGCAAUAUCACAUUUUCAACCCUAAGGAUAAACUGUGUUUUACUUUUAUGAGCUUUACUUUUAAAUGCACUCUGUCUCUGAUUUUUUUUUUUUUUUUUUUUUUUUAUAUAUUUAUAUUGGUGAAUUUUGCCUUUUUUUCUCACCGCACCUUAAAGACAACAAAGGCUUGGGAGCUCUUUUUUAUUUUAUUUUAUUUUUUUUUAUCAAAUACAAAUUAUAUGAGUGCGAAGGUUCAGUGUUCAUUUAUGUGUGACUGGUACCAUUUUAAUAGUAAAGAAUAGUGCCUUCUCCAUAUUCUUGAAUUUUACGUAAGAUAUUUACACACAUCAGUUGUAUUAAGUCCUGGAACACCUGCGGACGUUAAUGAUCACGGAACGUGAACGACUAUUGGGUGAAAAAUCUAAAGACAAACAUUUUCAAAUACUGAGGCCUUCCUUUUGUCUCUGUAGAAAUGUUUUCACAUGGAAAAAAAAAAUCUCAUCCGUAAAAUGAGACUUUUGUUUUGUUUUGAAAGUGUCCUAUUUUAUACAGUAUGCAUUGUUGUUUCAGUUUCUGUUUGUUUUUUUCUAUAAUGUUUCUUAUUAGAGCAAUUGUUUCUUUACUUCCAAUGUUGCAGCAGAGGUUUCAUAAAAAUCUUAAAAAUCAUAAAAAAUCACAAUUAUUUUCUUCCAGAAGAAGAGCCAGAAAAAGGGAUUUCAAUUUUUCUAGUUUUUUUUUUUCCUUUAAAAUCACAUUAAGAAACGGCCGUUAAAGGACGGUUUUAUGGCAGAGCAAUAUUGUACAGGACCAACUUUAUAUUAUUAGGCAAAUAGAUACAAUUUAUCAAGUUUUUGUGUGAAGACGCAUCAGACCGUUCAUUAAAUUGGAGUCGAUAAAUGUGGUUAGUGAUUUGUCACUAGUUAAGUCUUAGGUGAAUUAUUGUACUGAGCAAGAAAAGGAGGAAAACAUGUGAAUUAAACACCUGCUACAACAUGUUUCACAUGAUAAAAAUUCAGAAUACUUCACGUAGAAUUUACUCCGUGUGCAGCCGUUCAGUGCAGUCUUAACAACUAAAAGCUAAUGUUUUGUUUUCUUCAAAAGUAUCGUGUUGUUUGGAAGUACAAUAAGAGUCACUGAGGUGUAAAAAAUAAAAUAAACUACCAUUAGGUGGCAGAAUAGAUAUGCAGUAAAUACACGUCAUCGUGUUUAAUUUACGCCUGAUUUAGCUGCUAAAGCUGAGCUUAAUCUAAAACGAAGCUGUCACCUUAAAUUUGGCUGAAAUGAUUAUUAUUUCUUUUAUAACUAAACAAAAACUAAUAAUGAGAUGAGAAAAAGAUGGAGACGAGUUGGGAGUUCCCAAAGGUUAGGAAAUGUCCGACAGGUUCAUGCUAACAAACUGAUGAUCUGUAGCACUUCAAUCAUCUUCACUGUAGUCGUCCAACCCGACCUCUGUGAAGUGGUUCGGUAGAAAGGGAUUGGAAUCUUCUUCCUCAUGCAGCUAUGCAACAACAGCAUGACCUGGUUCUGAUGUUCUCGACCUUUUAGAAUUUUCUUAGAGGAAAUUCGGCUGUCUUUCAACACAUAGCGCUUUUGUUUGAGGUCACUGAGUCGGGGCCGGCCGAGUAGGCCAAGUAGCACAUCCUACUGUUUGUUAGCACAGCCGCUGGUACGAGUGCAGAACAAACCCCCCCUAGAGGCUGCUUUUUUUUUUCACCUUUAGACAUGCUCCAAAAAAUGUCUUUACAAGUGCUAUGCAACAUGAACUGGUCACUAAGGGGACACCACAGUGCAUGUGUAACUCUGUUAAUGUAAAGGAGCUCAUUAUGUGUUUGUACAGGCAGCUACAUACAGUACCUCUUCCCCUCCAUCCUGUCUGGUGAUGCUGUACGUUUUACACACCUUACUAUGCAAAAAGGAAGGUGUCAAAUUUUGCGCCUCUUGUUAUUGCCAGGCUGAGCUUUCAAACAGUAGGUAAAAUUAGGUCUUUGUUAGAAAAACAAAAUACAAUUGUUGACCAUUUGUAAGGGCUUUUUGACCUGGAAUCAAUUGAGCUAUGUGUUAAAAAUGCCAGAGUUCUUUGUUAAUAAUAAUUUUAAAUAUCUUCCCUUUAUUUGCUACAUUUACUGUAGCUUGGUUAAACAACAUAAUUUACCCUUUUCUGCCAGCCUUUUUUUUUUUUUAACAAUAACAGUUUUUGACCUAAAAUGACGCCAGUGGUUCAGAAUUCCUCGGAGGUCCCUCAUAUCUGGGACAGAAGCGUAUCACUCGACACUUCAAGGACUUCUUAAUAAUCACAGUCAUUUCCCCAACCAAAAACUGAAGUCCCUCAUACGUCCUUGGCCUCUUCAUGUGCCUGAAGAUUUGGUGUAAAUUUAAAUGUGUGUCCUGAAAGUGUUCUGAUGUUGUUCUGUAUUAGCUUUUGAUAGUUAAACUUUAGUAUGCAUUGCCAUGUAAAAGUUUGAUGCAACAGCUUGUCAAUAAACCAAAAGGUUUGUGUUUGUAAUCCUGGAUAGGAGCUUCAACACACCAGAUUGGACCAGA